AUGGCCUGGGCGAUAGAGUUGUCUCAAUAUGACAUUCAAUACGAGCCCCACCAUGCCAUCAAAGUCCAAGCAAUGGUUGACUUCUUGGUAAAGGUGGUCGAUGAACCGCCCGAGGCCUCAAAUACACGUUGCAAGCUCCAUGUUAAUGGAGCAUCCAACCAAGCGUUUAGUGGAAUAGAGUAUAAAGCCAUGAUUGGAGGCUUAAUGCUAGCAAGAGAGAUCGGAGUAGCAAGGCUCGAAGUCAACAGUGACUCCGAGAUGUUUUUCGAUAAGAAGUUUAGAGAGUUUCUAUCAAGCCUUGGUAUCAAGCAAAAAUUCUCCUCUGUGGAGCACCUUCAGAGUAACGGACAAUUAGAGACCGCGAAUAAGGUCAUCUUGAAAGGACUAAAGAAGCGCUUGAAACAGAGAAAAGGCUCGUGGACAGACAAGUUAGCUUUGUUCUUAUGGUCUUACAGGACAACGCCACAAUCUGCUAUCGGGGAGACACCUUUCCGGCUCAUCUACGGUGUAGAUGCCGUAAUCCCUAUCAAGAUAGGAGGAUCCAUCCCAAGGUUGCUGUUAGGAGGAGAUGAUGAGGCGAGUGAAAAAGACCUGAUAGAUGAGACCAGGACAAUGACUCAUUUGUCGGAAGUAGUACUGAACCAGAGGUUGGCACUACGUUAUAAUCACAAGCACAACGACAUCGGUCCGCCGAUCCCAAAGGAAGGGGAACUGUCUCCCAAUUGGAAAGGACCUUACAGAAUGAAAGAAGUACAAAAUAAAGACGCAUACAAGCUGAAAAAACUAGAUGUGGAAAGAAGAUACCUAGGACUUGGAACGCGGCGAACCUCAGGAGAUUCUACUCCUAACACUCAGGCAGACUCCUAA